CUCGGCAGAUACUCACUGUCCAGGUGAACAAACUCUCUGCAGCUAUCUCGCAAACCUUUACAUGGAAGGUUCCGACCAGAGCAAUCCUUGCGCCAUAUGCCUCGGCGGCAUGGACGCCGGCGGCGGGCAGGCCAUCUUCACGGCGGAGUGCUCCCACACGUUCCACUUCCACUGCAUCUCCGCCAGCGUCGCGCACGGCCACCUCGUCUGCCCGCUCUGCAACUCGCAGUGGCGCGAGCUCCCGUUCGUGCGCCCGGAACAGCCGGUGCCGCCCGCGCUGCCGCAGCAGCCGCCGAUGCCACGGCAUGAGCCCAUCCACCACGUGCAGCCACCGCCGAUCAGGCGUCGGCCGAUGCACGGCGUGCAGCCACCGCUCCAGCCUGCGGAGCCAGCAGUGUUCGACGACGACGAGCAGGUGGAGCCGCCCUCUGGCGUCGACGGCCAGGGACAAGCGGCGGCUGCAUCCGGUGGAUCUAUGGUCGUCGUGACGCACACCGAGUACUCCGCCGUCGCAAGAGACUCCUCUCAUGACAACUUCGCCGUCCUCGUGCACGUCAAGGCUCCCGGGAUAACUGGCGGCGAAGGGUCGGCCGGCGACGCGACACGCGCGUCUCUCGACCUCGUGACGGUGCUCGACGUCAGCGGCAGCAUGAGCGGGGAAAAGCUCGCGCUUCUGAAGCAGGCCAUGGGAUUCGUCAUCGACAAUCUCGGGCCCCACGACCGCCUCAGCGUCGUGUCCUUCUCCAACGGGGCGCACCGCGUGACCAGGCUCCUGCGGAUGUCGGACGCCGGGAAGGGUCUCGCCAGGAGCGCCGUGGCGUCCCUCGUCGCCCGCGGCGGCACAAACAUCGCCGAGGGGCUCCGGACGGCAGCCAAGGUGCUCGACGAGCGCCGGCACAGGAACCCCGUAUCCAGCGUUAUACUCCUCUCUGACGGCCAGGACAACUACACCAUGACGCGACGGGGACAGGGCAGCAUCCCCAACUACGAGGCCCUCGUGCCGCCGUCGUUCAUGCGUACUGCCACCGGCGACUGGUCCGCGCCCAUCCACACGUUUGGCUUCGGCAACGACCACGACGCGGCGGCGAUGCACGUCAUCGCCGAGGCCGCCAGCGGGACGUUCUCGUACAUCGAGAACGAGGCGGUCAUCCAGGACGCGUUCGCGCAGUGCAUCGGCGGGCUGCUCACCGUGGUGGUCCAGGAGGCGCGCGUUGCCAUCUCUUGCGGGCACCCGGGAGUGCGCAUCAGCUCGAUCAAGUCCGGCCGUUACGAGAGCAGCAUCGACGAGGAUGGCCGCUCUGCCUCGAUCGCCGUUGGCGAGCUCUACGCGGACGAGGAGAGGCGCUUCUUGCUUUUCCUAGCCGUUCCAGUAGCGGACGGCGACGCCGAGACUACUCUGAUCAAGGUGAGUUGCGGUUACCACGACGCGGCGGGUGGCGCCGACGUCAACGUGACGGCGGAGGACACGGUGCUGUCGAGGCCAGAGCACGUGGUGGACGCGGAACGCUCAAUAGAGGUGGAGCGGGAGCGCGUCCGGGUUGAGGCGAGCGAGGACAUCGCGGCGGCGAGAGCUGCCGCAGAGCGUGGAGCGCACCAGGAGGCGGUGGAGAUACUCGAGAACAGGCAGCGGGCGGUGGAGCAGUCGGAGGCAGCACGGGGCGGCGACCCCACGAGCGCGGCGCUCGGGGCCGAGCUGCGCGAGAUGCGCAUGCGCUUGGCGAGCCCGGCGAGCUACCUCCGGUCGGGGCGCGCGUACGCGCUCGCCGGCAUCAGCUUCCACGCGCAGCAGCGCGCAAACUGGAGGUCGGUGGAGCAUCAAAGCGCAGCAACGGGCGGCAUGCAGACGCUGUCCGAGUCGGUGAACUCGAUAGCAGGCGCGUCAAGGGUGUCUUCUAAUGCGGCAGCGGCGGAAGGGACGGCGAACAAUGCGAAUGAGACAUCGUCGUUCGCGACGCCGGCCAUGCGCGCCAUGCUGCUGCGGUCGCGGAAGGCGCGGGAGGCGUCGGCCGGGCAGUAGCAGUCCGAGGUAGGAGAAGAAACAGCAAGCUCUGGACCAAUGGAAGAAGUAACCAAGUAGACUUGUUGCAUUGUGCUUGCUAUCUAGAUCCACUGAAUCCUGUCAUGGAAUAUAAGUUCGUAAUUUUGUCUUGUCUUUGGUUUUAUAUGUUCAAAUUUGUGAGAGGACUGAAUGAAUUCGUUUGUGGAGCAAGACUUUGCUCGGCCUCUAUUA